GAGCCGCUGGAGAGUUAGAUUUCUCAGCAGCGUGUAGCCCAGAGAUAGAAGCCUGGUCUGCCUGCCUUCCCCAGGCCGGGGACAGAGACAGCACAUCGCCGGGAGGGAGAAUGUUCAUCCUGCAGGCCAGGGCCUGGCUCGGAUCCCUGCUUCUGAAUGUCACAGUGUUCAGAUUCGUCGUACAGUCCCAGUUAAUAGCUUCGGAUCGUCGCCGAAUGGAGCUCACCUCUGGCAGUAAGUGGAGCCCGUGGCAGAGCUGGUCUCCGUGCUCCAGUACAUGUGGAGGGGGCGUUGCCACCAGGGUCCGGAGAUGUUUGAUCAGUCACAGACAUCCCUUUGGAAAGCCCUGUCCAGGGAACCAGAGACAGUACAAGGUGUGUGCUGCUGAGGACUGUCCCCCGGGCACAAUGGAUUUCCGAGAGCUUCAAUGUGCAGCCUACAAUGGACACCGGCUCUCCCAGAUCCAAGGGGCUGUCUUUGAGUGGAUUCCAUUCUAUGGAGGAGCGUCUGGCCUGUGUACAGCUGUCAGCUGUGCAACUGUGGAAGACUUUGUGCUGGAUAAAGAACUCAGCAAGAACUCAGCAUCACACUGGAUAGUUCACGUAGUCACAUUAAACAAUCCAAUGUGUGCUGGGGAUAUUUAA